UUGGAAUCGCUUUGAUUCAAUUCGACACCAAACCGAAUCUCGGCGAGACUUUGAAACAUUUGUCCGAAAUGGUCGAACAAGCCGUUUCAAAGUAUCAUCCACGAGUGGUGUCUGUCCAAGAAGGCUUCAAUUACUACUAUCAAUCUGAUAAAAGUACCUUUGAGAAAGCUGGCGAACCAAUCAACGGUCCAACUGCCCAGCACAUGUCCGGAUUGGCAAAGAAAUUCAAUAUUUACCUUAUUGGAGGCAUUGCCGAAACGGACAAUGGCAAACUCUACAACACGGCUCUCGUAUUCAAUCCAAGUGGUGAAAUGAUCGCACGUCAUCGUAAGGUUAACUUGUGCGACAUCAACUUCGAAAACGGAACCAAACUCGAUGAAAUCAACGUCUUUACACCCGGCAGCGAUGUCACCAUAUUUAAAAUCGAUGACAUCAAAUGUGGUUUGGCCAUCUGUUGGGAUGCCUGUUACGAUGAGUUCAUUAAAAUCUACCGAAAACUUGGCGUCGAAGUCCUAUUUGUUCCAGCUGCAUACGAUAUUAUGAGUGGCGAUAGAUAUUCUCUCCAUAAUUAUUGGGAGAUUGUCCAUAAGGCUCGGGCAUUCGACAAUCAAAUGUUCGUUGCUGCCAUUUCAGGAGCACAAAAUGAAAAAAUCAAAGAUUAUAUCUUGUAUGGUCAUACCAUGCUCAUUGACCCACAAGGAAAGAUUCUAAAACAGGCUGGCGUCAAGGAGGAGAUCAUUUUCGACGAAAUUGAUGUUGCGGUGUUAGAGAAACUAUACAAAGAGUUUCCCACAUUCAAAUUGCGACGAAGAGACAUUUAUGAGAGAUAUAGUGGCAUCUAUAGCGGUUACUUUUAACAUGACGAACAUCGACAAAAAAUUGACAAGAACUAACAUUUAAUCGAAACAUUUUAUAUUCUUUUUUUAUUUUUAUUAUUCUUUGCAAAUAAAAUCGGUUUUCACAUUUAAUUUCGGAUA